CUGUCCAAUACUCCAAUUACAUGAGCUCAGUGACGUGACAUACUGAUGCAGGACUUCCAACCCUAUCACCGAAGGCGGCAAUGUAGUCACGUUUGUAUCUGAGGCUAUUUCUGAAGCUGACGUUGGGUUUUGGGCUUGCUUUGUUUGCUUUCGUCUGUCUUCCUCGACAAGGUCUCUGUCUCUGUUUUGGAGAUCUGGUGGGUCUAUAGAAACAAUCGCCUUAUCUGAAGAAGUGAGAUCUGAGCUCAAUCUGCAGCUGAAUCUUUCGCAGACGAUCGUUUCAGACUUUUAGUUUGAUAUUUUGGGUGUUUUGUUUUUUUCUGUGUUCUGUUGUUAUCUGCGGACUCGAUGGAGGCAGUAGACACUGUUGUGAGGCCUGUAAAAGACUUCGCAAAGGAUAGCAUUCGGUUGGUGAAAAGAUGCCAUAAGCCGGAUCGGAAAGAAUUCUCAAAGGUUGCUCUAAGGACCGGGCUAGGGUUUUUAGUAAUGGGCUUCAUCGGCUUUUUCGUAAAGCUCAUCUUCAUCCCUAUUAACAAUAUCAUCGUCGGAACUGUAUAGUGUUAUACUUCCUGCGUGUAACGGUGGACACGUUUGGACAAUAAACCCAAUGCUCAUCAGUUUUUGAAAUUUAUCGACUGUGCCGACAAAGAUUAUUUUUAGAAAAUUGUUGAAUGGUUUAGAAUUUUUUAGUAUGUUCUCUUGCUUCAUUCUUUAAAUUUAAUCAAACCUCCUGUAAAUCUGAGAGCCUUUUCGGUCCGAUGUCAGACGUAGCAAGGUUAUAUGUCAUUGAUAUGUAGAUGAGUUCAGCAUGCAAUCAACAUUUGAAUGCCUACGAGAUUGUAGAUUAUGGAGCGUUGAGUACGUAUUCAGUAGUGGGUGUUGCAUGUCGACUGAUACUAACUGCAUUCACCUGAAGUAUCAAAGAGUAUAGGUCAAGCAAAUUUAAAUGUAACCGACUGAAUCAACUUGUCCAAGUAGCUAUUUGUCCAUGAUUGCACUGCGAAAUAUAAUUAACUGCAUCCACUGCAA